AUGUAGUUUUUCAGUAGUUAGGGAUUAGGGUGGGAAUUCGGACACAGCUAAAUUUUCCUGAGCCUGGUUUCAAUGGAAGGGGUGUGGGCUUCUAACAUGCUCACUCCUGAUUGGAGAGAGUGGUUUCCGUAGAAAUGUCUAUUAAUACCGACACGGACCAAUCAAGGCUUACUGAGGACGUCUGGCUCCAACAUGGCGACGGACAUAAAGCAGAAAAACGGCGACUGAAUUGACUUUAUUUGGUUGUGAGUCAUUUUCUUUGUGUGACGUCUCACUCGGUCCAUUUCUCUGUAUACCGUCAAUGUGCUACACCAUUCAUACAAGCCAAGUGUAGCAUCCUAACGGCUAGCUUAUGCUAGCAGCAGAUGAGGACCGUAGCUAGCAUAGAAUCUUUUCCCCCCCAAGCUUUUCUGCAUUCGUCCAACUUUUCAAAUGGAAUACAUUGAAGUCAUGUUUAAAGUCAUAACACACGAAUUUAUUCCUUUGUGGAAUUAAAAAUAAAUAAAUAAAUAAAUAAAUAAAACAUGGGGGUAAUAGCUCUCUGUAGCUAAGAGGGUUGAGCAACUUUCUGCCAACUGGUCGACCGGGGGUUGAAAUUGCUGGCUUGACAGUCAUUGUGCCCUUGGGCAAAACACUUUUGUUUUUUUAUUAUUUUACUUAUCUGAAAUAUUUUGUCACAUAAGUUCAGUUUAGGAGAGGAAAAAGUCAAAAGUAGAUGCAACAAUUUGUUUAUUUUUACUAGGAGGAGAAAAUUUGUGGGGAGUUUUUUCUAUUGAACAAUAAAGUUCGAGGAAGAAAUAGAUGUGGACAAACGGGAGUAAAAAGAAAGGAAAGAAAAGGAACAAAGCAGAAAAGACAGAAGGAAAGUGUUAAAGAAGUGACAGUGGGCCAGUGGCUUUGGCCUGGGCCUCCUGAGGCCUGCAGGGCCUCUCAUCAGCAAUCCAGAUGAAACACUUGAGGGGCAGAUGAAGUGUUUUAGUCUCAGGUGGGUUUUUCAUUUAGAACAAACAUCUGAAGUUUUAAAUCCCAAAUGAAUCGUUUUUUGAACUCUUGAUUGAGAGUUUUUAAAGCCUCUUAAGGAGUUUUUUUUUUUAAUCCGUUUUCUUUCACAGCAGCGACGGUUCGGGUGGAGGCUCAAACCGCUCCUCCACCUGCCGACAGAGGUGAAGCAGAAGAGGUGAAGUGGGGAGCGCGUGACGAGGCCCGAGAGCGCGCGGGGGGAAAAGAAAAAAAAAGAUCACACGCACACAGGGAGCUCGCGGGGCCUCCCUCGCGGAGCCUCUGGACAGCCCCGUGAACGAGGCGACAAAAUAAAGUCACGUGAUCCAAAAUGGGCAGUCCUCUGACGGGGCUGAAAAAAGCCAUUUUCUGGCGCUGCUGCAAAUUCUAACCCAACAAGUCACCUGGACCCCGGCCGGCGGCGGAGUCGAGCGUUUAUGUCCCCAUAAGAUCAGCCCGCAUGGAUAAGAUGCAGCCGAACCGGGUGAAGAUCACAGAGCUGAACCCGCACCUCACGUGUCCGCUGUGCGCCGGAUACCUGAUCGAUGCCACCACCAUCGUGGAGUGUCUGCACUCCUUUUGUAAAACGUGCAUCGUUACCUUCCUGAAGACGAACAAGUUCUGCCCUCGCUGUGACAUCCAGGUCCAGAAAUCGUGUCCGCAGCUCAGCAUCAGAGCCGAUAAAACUCUACAAGACAUCGUUUAUAAGCUUGUUCCGGGCCUCUUCAAAGACGAGAUGAAGCGGCGGCGGGACUUCUAUGCAGAGAACCGCGUGCUGGAGCCGGGGGAGGUGGUGGAGACCUUCAACAUAGCAGAGGAUGAAAUCAUCAGCCUGUCCAUACAGUUCUACGAGAGGAACAAAAAUAACGAGAGGCAGCGGCCGGAGACAGAAGGAGACAAGGCCAACGGUAAACGCUUCCUGCAGUGCCCAGCAGCCAUGUCUGUCAUGCACUUAGCAAAGUUCCUGAGGAGCAAGAUGGACAUCCCCAACAACUACAGGGUGGAGGUGUUGUAUGGAGACGAACCCCUAAAGGACUAUUACACACUAAUGGAUAUCGCCUAUUUCUACGAGUGGAGACGAACAGGACCCAUCCCCCUGCAGUAUCUGGUAAAGCCGGCGCGCAAACGCCGGAGGCCGUCCCAGACCGCCGCUCAGGGCCACUCCGACGGCGUCAACACCAGCCCCACGUCGGAGAGCGACUCCCACAGCGACAAAGUCCACAGCCCCGCCGCCGCAGCUCAGACGCCCAGAGCUUCCACCCAGUCCAGCCCCGCCUCCCAUGCCCCGUCUCCGGCCAUCCAAAGCCCCAACAGCACCACCGUGCCCAACAACACACAGCGACACACUCAUGCCUCCAAACAGGGCUCCAGCUCUCGCAAGGUGACUGUUAACGGCACAAGCUCGGGGGCGGGAAAAGAGGAGGCCAGGGGAGGGGACAAAAGCGGGUUGCUGCCGGCGACCUAACGGGGAGGGGGGAGGGGCAGGGAAGGACAGUGUUGGAGGAGCCUGAAUCCUUCUGGACUAACAGGAGGAAGAUUACUGUUAUCUUUCAGCUGGAAAGACUGACAAGUGCAGCCAAAUGGACACUUGUGUGUAUGUGUGUGUUUGUGUGGUAGACUAGAACCGUGCACACAUACUAACUGUACAGUAUGUAUCAAAUGUGAGCAUGUGUGCAAACAUAUGUAUAAACUUAUCUUUUAUACAAGACAUUGUAAUCGUUUGUAUUGUAUAUGCAGCCGGUCCGGUUCAUUUCCACAGACUGAUCUGGUUUUCUUUUACGAGACAAAAAGCCUCAGAGGACAUUUUUCUUUUCAAGUGAAACUGUGUGAAGUAUUUUGCAGAAUGUUUGUACCUGAUGCGUACAAGCAGCUAAAUCCUUUAAAAUGUCAGUUUGAGGUCAAACUAUGCCCCAGAUUUUGCCCUUAUUGCUCUCAAAUAAUUUAUUUUCUUUGUAGUUUAUAUUUUUUUCUAAAUACCAACUAGUUUGUGCUACAAUGCAGGUGGUUUCCUUAAACAAGAAAAGACAUCGUAGUGACCCGAUCAAAGAUAUGACUAAAAUGGCUAAAACAAAAACUUAUGAUUCUUCUUUGUAACAUUUGCAAAUUUUAAAACCAAAAUAUGCGCAAAACAUAAUAAGAGCAGAUUGGUGUCGAAGCUAGGCUAAUACUAAUCGGAGCGCACGGAAAGCCAAAGAUUCCUCCCGUCUAACACAAAUAUUACAUUUUUAAACAUGUCUAAUCGACAUAUGUUGGAUCUUUAUACCUUUGCAUGUUUAAUACAGCGCAUCUCAGAUAAUUUUAAAAGAUUUAAGGUAGGCUAUGCUAGCAUUUAGUCAAUAGGACAAAGCUAAUUUUGAAUAAGCUAAAACAAAUAUAAAUGUUUAAAGAAAUGCUCUAUUACCAUUUCUUAUACCCUAGAAGUUCUGCAUGUCAGUAAAUCUCGUGCUCAAGCUUUUUUUUUUUAACAUUUGCGUGCAAACUUAACAGCUAGCUAAGCUAACAAUUUCUCCCAGAAAAGAGAAUUUUGAUUUUUCUAUCUGAAACAACAGAAGUAUUUUAAAAACACUAAAUUGUCUUUUCCUUUUUAUCAAGACAUUUUAUUUUUUUAAUCCAAGAUGAUGGAACACAUGGAAAGCAAAGGGGAGCAUUUUUUUGUUAUUUCAACUAAAUGUUCUAGGCAGUUUUAGAUAGUGUUUUGCCGUAAGUUCUUUUUGCCACUCUUGUUUUAAACAGUUGCUUUUUUAUUCAGUUUUUUUUUAAAGGAGUGGAUUGAAGUAGUUUAGUUUUUUAGCUAGGCUAAUGCUAACCUGAGUACUCGAAAAAAUGAAAAGCCUUGCUAUCUAAAUCAAAUAGAGGCUUAAAGUAAUUUUUUUCAUUUGUUACUCCUCUAUCAAAAGUUGUAUUUAUUUAUAUACAUUUCUUUUUUACAUUUUCUUAAUGUAUAGCAGUGAGAGACAAUUAACGCCUAAGCAUUAUUUGUUAGCGCCAUCUACCCGCCCUGUAAGAUGUUCCUGGUAAAACAAGUUUAACAUUCUCACCAAAAACUUUAACUAACUUAAUUUAAGUUAUUUGCUAAGAUUGAAACAUCGAACAAAAGGAACAGAAUUCCCUGUCACAUUGAAAACAUGAAAUUUGCAAAAACCUAAUUUCUUUUUAAGAUAGGCUAAUAGCUACUUAAAAAGGGACAAAAUGGCCGCUUCUAUUUUUUAGCUUUUUUUUAAUUUUUUUUAAAUCUGCCAAUUUAAAUAAUUUCUCAUAGUUUCACAUUCCAGCAGUACAUAAUAUAGAACAUGCAGCACUAAUCACAUUACCCCAAAAAAAUUGUUGACAGAGUAGGUUUGGGAUUAUAAAGUAAAAUUUCUUCUGUUAGCUUGUGCUGCUGAGGCUUUUUUUUCCUGAACCAAUUCCUGACGUACUUCACAUAGCUUCACUUAAAAACCAAAAUAUCCUGGAAAGGCUGCGUAGCGCAGCUCACUGCGCUAGUUGAAUGUAAAGGAAAACAGGAAGUAAUCCUUGCCUUUAAACAGUCCCUUUCCAAAAUGCUGUUUAAGUGUCUGUAUUCAGCAACAACUCAUCAGGUCACGUAUUAUUAAAUCCAUUGAUGCACUUUUUUUAAGGUCUCAUCACAGAAACCAACUAGUAUUUUCCAGCUGGAGACGCUUUUUUUGUUGUUUAUUUUGAAGUUCAAGCACUACCACGCUCUCCAGUAAAGCAUUUUCUUGUUCUCAUGCCGUUAAAAGAACUCUAAAAGUUUUGAAUACUUUCCCAUGUUUGUUGUUCUGUCAGUUUCAACAUUCCUCAUGUUACUUAUAAGCAAACAAGACUUUUUUUUUUAAAUAAAUCAGCCAUAUGUGCAUGUUUAGGUCAAUAAAGUCUACUUAACAUGU